AUGAUUAAAAAAAAAAAUAGCAAAAGCCUAACACAUUUAGCAUGUAUUGCAUUAUUAGUGGUACCAAACUUUUUUAUCAAGAAUUUAUCUUUUGAUAAUAUUAUAAGUUUAAACUUCGAUAAAUUUAAAAAAAAAAUAUAUAGCAAGAUUCCCAGUAAUAAUGUUUUAAAAAAUAGCGAUGAUGGCACUGAUCAUUAUAUGAGCAAUAAUAUCUCCCUUUAG